AGGGUCGCAGGGGGGAGUGGGUGGAGGGUGUGGAGGAACCUUUCUCAGGUUCCCGGGUCCAAGAGCACAGAUGUAGCUGCUUUACUUUUAACCUCAUUGCCUGGUGAGUGGGGGCAAGUCUGGAAGACUCCCUGUAAGAGGGGGGGCCUGGGGGGGGCAUCUAGGCAGAGGGGUCCAAGGAGAACCUAGUACAGAAUAGUGCCCGCCCCUCUGUAGACAUCAGCUCUGGACAGAGUGAAGACCAAGGAGUGGAUGGACUUGAGAUCCUCCACUGAAGCCCUGCCCCCCACCCACAACAGAACCCAGGGAGAGAGGGAUUGGGGACGGUCCCCAGUCAGUCGGAGUGGUUUUAAACCAGAAAUGAUUGAUAUCACCGUAUCUGGUGACUUUACCUGGAGGUGGCUCAUGGAGGGUGUAGCCCGUUACUGGACCGCUGGGCACCCUCAGGUGUAGACUCAAACUAUCCAAUACAUACAUAGGGUUACAGGGGCUGGGACGGCCGCCUUCCUGGGGUUGGGAUCCUGGCGGAGACAGGCAAGAAACAAGAUAAACCCGCGAAACAGAAACGUGUGGAGCGCUGGAUGGCGAUGCGUGCAGGGGAGGGGGUGGGAUCUGUCAGUGAGGGUGGAUAGGCGGGUCCCUGAAGGUUACAGGGCUGUCCUUGACGGAGGACGGGCGCCAAGACCUGAGGAAGACAGGGAGGGAGCCCCCAUCAUGAAUUCCCCUCCCGCUCCCCGCGCCGCCCCCCAGUUUUCGUUGCCCGAGGCAGCUCAGGAGCUCACGCUGGUUAGCUGGGAGCGCGCCCUGCAGGCCACAGGCCCCACCCUCGCGCCGCGACCGGCAGGUGCGGCCGGCAGGUGCGCCGGCCCCGCCCCGCAGGUGCGGCGGCCCGGGGGCGGGGCCACUUCCGGGACGGCCGCCGGACGUGGCGGGGCGUGGAGUGGGGGGUCGGCCGUUGACCCGGUGACCGCGGCGCCGCCCGAGGCUGGAGGCGACUCCCCGCGCCCCGCGCCCUCUCCGGGGCCAUGGCCCCGCGGCCGCCCCGCGCCCAGCUCGGCCCCCCGCCCGCCCGGGACUGACGGAGCCCGACCGCCAUGAGUGCCAACCCGCAGUGGGACAUCAGCAGGGCGCUGGGGGUGGCCAAGCUCUUCCACCUGGUGUGCGGGGUCCGGGACGCCUGCGUGACUCCGUUCCUGACCCUCUACCUGAGGCAGCUGGGCUUGGCCGCGCCCUGGGUGGGCAUCCUGAUGGGGACCAAGCACCUGAUCGCCGCCUUCUGGGGUCCCUUCUGUGCCUUCCUGGCCAAAAGCUACCAGAAGAGGAGGGUGCUUCUGAUGGGCUCGCUGCUCGGCUCGGUGGGGGCCAGCAUGGUGAUGGUCCUCGUGCCGCCGCUGCACGAAGUUCCGGGGUACCGCUCCUGUAACGCCAGCGACGGGGCCACCCCCACCGCUCCCCCGCCUGGGGCCUCAGGAACUGUAACUGUUACCUCGGCCCGGCAGCCCGCCUCCAGCCAUGCGGCGGGGUCGCCCAACCCCACAGGUGAGAGCCGCACCGGGACAGUGGACCCCGCUGGCUUCAGAAAGGCACCUGCGGGAAACGUCCACGAAUCGGCUGGCGGGCCACCUGGCUAUGCCAGGACCACGUCCCCAGCUCUCCAUCCUGUCACUGCAGGGGUGAAGUUUACUCCUGGGGAAGGGGCUUUUAACGCCGGCAGGACAGUCCUCCCUUUGCUGGCUGGCGGUCCAGCCAACUUGUCAGCAGCUCAGGGGAGUGCCCAGGGCCUUGACCUCUCCUUGGAAGGCUUCCGCUGGACUUUCCUCCUCUCCCUGGGCUCCCUGGUGUUCUGGGAGCUGCUGACAGCCCCUCUGGAGCAGGUGGCCGACGACAGCCUUUAUGAAUACUUGGAUUUUGUGGACGCCACUGACCGCUACAGAAGCCUCUGGAUCUGGAGGCCGCUGGGCAUGUCGGCCGGUGUGUGCGGCGUCACAGCCUUUGUGGGGCAUCUGGAAUGUGUCCUGAUGAUAAAUGGCCCCCGGGGUGUGUUGCAUUUCUAUGGCUACUCGCUGGUCAGCACCCUGGCUUUACUGGUGAGCGUCUCCUUUCCGGUCCCCAUCUGCAGGCGGCGGGAGCCCAGCUACAAGACCGUCAAAGCGCUGUCCCUCGUGGGCGGCGCCCCGCGGCUCAUUGUCCUAGCCCUCACCGUGUUUCUGGUAGGCGCGGCCACCAGCGCGGUGCAGAACUUUCUAUUCUGGCACAUGGAAGACCACGGGAGCGGCGAGCUGGUGAUGGGUUUCUCGGUGGCCCUGGGCUCGCUGGGGGAGAUUCUACUCCAUCCGUUCAAAGCGACACUGCUUAGGAAGCUGUCAAGGGUGGGCACGGUGGGGCUGGGGCUGGGCUGUCUGGCAGCCCAGCUCCUCUACUACUCCUUCCUCUGGAGCUGGUGGUCGGUCCUCCCUGCACAGAUCUUGAACGCCGUCAGCAGCGGGGCCCUGUGGUGGGCCGUGAAGGCCUCCGUCGAGGACCUGGCCACUCCCGGGACGGCGAGACCCCUGGGUGCGAUGUUCCAAGGCCAAAUUUCUGGGGGAGGGUCCAGCCUGGGCGGUGUUGUGGGGGGCUUCGUGGUGAUGUCCUUCAGCCUGGCCGUGCUCUAUCAGGCCUGCUGCGUGGUCCUGUUACUCUGGCUGGCCCUGUUCCUCUCCAUUCAGCCCCGACUGCCCCAGGAGCAGAAAAUCAACUACUCGAAACUGCUGGUCAUGGAGGCCAGCGACACGAGUGACUCUGAGCAGGGGACGGAGCGGGACUGGCUGGUGAAGGCCAUGAGGGAGGAGGACUCAGAAUAGAAGGGCGGAGACAAGGUCAAGAUGUACCAACCUGGGAAGGCACCCAAGGGUCUGGACAAGAGCUCAUCCACUGAGGACAAGCCCUGCGUCCCGCUGGGGGGCUGCGAGGGAGUCUGGAGAGAGAGAGUGCAAGUCUGUGUAGAACCCCACCCCCCCACCCCGGGGAUCAUCUCGCUUCAUGAUUUUCUUUACUUUUAAGAUAAAAGGAGAUUUAAUUUUUUGCUGUUUAAUCUUUUUCAAAGAAUGGAAGAAAAAUACAUUUGCUAAAAAAAAAAAAAAGCGCCCUUUGUAGACCCCAUGUUUUGGUGUGUGAGGUUUGCAAGAGCUUCACGGUACUGACUCUUGGUGCUGUUGAUUUGAUCCACAGUGGGAGUGCGUGAACUGUGGGGACCCCCAGGAUUCUCUUUGGCAGGGGGGGCAGCGGGCUUUGUUUGAUGAGUCACGUGCAUUGCCAUGGUUCUAAGAGCACGAGCUGGGUCCUACAGAGGCCCUGCCGUGGGCAGGUAAGAAUGGGAAUGAAAGCCAAGCGGGUGCCCACACUCACCCCCAGGGACCUGGGUUUCCAACCAGAGCAAAUGCUGGGUGAUGUACUCUGCAUUGGGGGCACAGGGAUUCAAGUUAAUACGUUUUCAUUCUUACUGUCAAAUGUGCGUGUGUCACCAGGGGGUCCAAUCGCUAGAAUUGUCUCCCAUACUUGGGUCUGAGCAAGAGCAGUUUCAUGUCUUGGGGCCCAUACCAUGCAUGCUGUACCCCACAUAAGUUCAUGGGGAUUGUUCACAACUGCUUGGUUGGGGUGUAGCAGCCUCUGUAGAGUUGGGGAUGCCGCAGGUGGUCCACAUUUGUGCCGGUGCUUAGCCAGUCGGUGGGGUGACCGCUCAAACCCUCCCACCCUCCCACCCCCU